GUUACAAAUAGAAGCAACUUAUGACUUGUUCCAGCCAAUCUCUGAGUGGAUAACGUUUUUUGAAGCUAACGGGCCAACAAUCUCAAAAGUGUUUAUCUGCUUUUUUGAAAUAAGAUCUAUAUUACGUGACAAAGUAUCAAAUUUAUCCGCUACUAUGAUGGAAUCCCAGAAAAUAUGUUCAAUUCUUGAAAAACGAGAAAAUAAAUGUUUAAAACCCGUUCAUCUGGCUGCUUACCUAUUAGAACCAAACCAACGUGGCAACAAUUUAACUGAAGCUGAAAAUUUAGUUGCGACGGAGUUCAUCUAUGAAACUGCAAGGCGUCAUCCAAAAUAUUCUUCAGAAGUAGGUCUUAUUAUGGAAGCACUUGCACAGUACAAAAUUAGAGAUGGUAAUCUUUUUGCUAAGGAAUUUGUUAUUUCCAGCGAAAAAUCUAUGUCUGAGCAUAUUUGGUGGGCAGGAAUUUGCGCCAGUUCUAAAAUAAGUAGAUUGGCUAUAGACAUUCUAAAUUUACCAUCGUCAACAGCCGCAUCCGAAAGAACGUUUAGUACUUAUGGAUUUAUUCAUCGGCAAAGAAGAAACAGGCUUACCGUGGAAAGAGCCAAAAAACUAACCUAUGUUGCCCAUAAUUAUAAUUCACUAAAUGAAGAUCAUUCAAGAAGAGAAAAAGCUACUGAGGAUUCUGAGGAAGAAAUUGAAAAAGAAGAUCUCGGUUUCGAAAUUAUAGACUUGACUGAAUUAACCAAGGAGAAAGAAGAAUCAGAUGAUAAGGUUGGGGAUGAUGAGGAUGAUUUACCAUUAUCCACUCUAUUAUGUAGUUCAUUCUGACUCGUUUUUUUUGUGUUUCCUAAUGUUUUUACAGUUUUGAA